AUCUGCACAUCUGAUCCAUCAGCCAACACUUUGUUCAUAUGAGCACAAAUACACACACAUUCUUACACAUUUACACCUGAACUCAAUAAUAUGAUAAUAUAACAGUUAUCAUGCAAAUAUUGUACAAAAACAAACAAAACAAAAACAAACAUGAUUUACAUUAAAAUCAGGGCCGGAGCUCCACUGACGUCAUCCUGAUACAAAUAUGUGGUAAGACUUUAUAAUAUGUGUUGGAAAUAAGUUUUAAAUACACGUAAAAAAAAAAAAGCAGCAGAAACAUAAAAACAAUAUAAAUUACAAACAAAAUAACUCACAUUUCACUCUGAGAUGCAGAUGUUUGCUCGAACAGCAGCAGCUCCGGUGACGACGACAGAAAAGAGGUGAUUGAUCUCUGCACUUAUAGAUCAGUGAUAGUGAAUCAAUAACCGGCUGUAGCAGUGAAGUGUGGAGGAAACUGUCAACACACAUCAGGAUCUCUGACUCACCUGCUUCAUCACAGCAGCAGCAGCAGCAGCUCAGGUGACAGUCAGAGACACGAUGCUUCAUCAGACUGACAUUAUUAUUAGAUAAAUGAUGUUCUGUGUGUCUGCAGACACUUUAUAACAUCCACCAGGUUUUAAAAUAAACACAGGAAAGAGAAUCCUGCUUCCUCACAUCAGGUCGCUCAGUAACUGUCUAAUAAAGGUAGAAACUAAACUCAGUUCAGGCUGUUUAUUCAUUUUUUAGUUUAGAUUAAUCACUUUUACUUUGAAGGCGACUCGUGUCCUGACUUCCUGUGUUAAAUCUUUCAGUCUGUGGUUUAAUCGCUUCAAGUGUCAACGACAAAUGUGAAAGUGUUCACAGUGUUUCAUCGUGUGUUGAAAUAUAAUUAUAUUUAUAUAUUAUAAUUAAGUAUUAAUUAUAUAAUAUGUGAUUCAGUAGCAUCAGAAGUCUAACAGCUCUGAACUGCUCUCAGUGUCGCAGGUCCAAACACUCGGAACUUUUCACAACGUGCAUUUAAACUUGAUCCAGUUGUAACAGUCCAACAUGUCGGUCAGUCUCCACUGUGACUGUUGUUAACUACAGCCGUCCUGUGCGCUUCAAUACUGUCGACAGCACAAAGAAAAGAUACUUACUGACAUGAAGUCACAGUCAGCUGGUCCUGCUGAACAUUAUUUAAACUCCCCAAACGACACAUUACAGUACAGUGUCAGCAGUAUAAUGUAUAUUAUUUAUAAAAGGGUAGAUUCAAUAUAAACCAGUGAGCAGCUCCUCUUUGUCUUAUUUGUUCUUUCGUACAUUAACUGUGGCUCUGGAUGAAAAGAGACUGACUUCAGGGAUUUUCUGAGAUUUUAAAUAAAGUUUGAAUGAAUGAAUGUUGACAGUGCUGAGCACCACUGGAGGAGAGGAUUAUAAUCUCUGAUCUACGGGUCCUCAGACAGGACAAACAAGGAGCUGCCUGGAGGGAAGUGAGUGAGGAGGUCGGGCAGCCUGGUCCGAACCUCCACUCAGGGAAGACGCGUUUUAAAAGUUGUCAUCUUGUCCUGCGGCCGACAGACCUGAUGGAACGUGACGUCAGGCUGUUUACAAUCAGACAUUAUGACGUCAUUACUUCGGCGUCCUUCAGGUCCAUUUGUUGUGUCGGAUCACAGAGAAUUCUCCUGGUUCUGGGUUCGUGCCGCUGCCCAGUGAAGCAGAACUCAAUAUGAGGACGUUGCGCAACAACUGAAGCGAAACUGUGAAGAAAGCCGAGUUCAGAUUUGUUCACUCGGGAUGUUGCUUCAUUCUUCAGCGUCUGCAGAACGGAAACAAAGUGGAACAUGUGAGAAAGUGUCGGACGGAGGUAGAACCGAGUCAGACCCGCACGGAAACACCGAACAGCACCUGCAGGGCGAGGACAGAAUGUGGACACCGGUUCUCCAUUUGGUCGUUGCUGGUUUAUACCUACAGUCUUCCCCCCUGCAGGUAUCCUCAUGCUACCAGUCGUGCACUUUGUCUGGCCUCGCAGCUAACUGUGCCUGGCAGCACCACUACUGGGUUCCAGCACUUCCUCCCACCAUCACCCACCUCUUCCUGGAGAUGAACUACAUCAGUGAAAUCAACAGCACUUCGCUCAGAAGCUACGACCAGCUGCUGCAGUUGGAUCUUGGAAAGCAGUAUGUGCCGCUCGUCAUAAGGAACGAUUCUUUCCUCAUGCAGAGAAACCUGAGGCGACUGGUCCUCGGAGACAACUUAGGCCUUCAGUUGGAGCUGCAGGCAUUUAAAGGACUCAGCAAUUUACAGCAGCUUUUUAUGGAUCAUUGCAACCUGGAUGCCUCCAUAUUGUCUGAAAACUAUCUGGAACCGCUGGUGUCGCUCGAAGAGCUCAACCUCUUUGGUAACCAGAUAGUGAGACUCCAACCCGGACGGUUCUUCUCUGCACUCACAAACUUGCGAAAGCUAAACCUCAAACUGAAUCCGAUCGAAAGACUAUGUGAAGAUGAUCUCGCUGGUUUCCAGGGAAAACACUUCCAAAUCCUGAAUUUGACCUCUAACCACUUAUUCAAAAUGAAUAGUAGAGAUUUUGACUGGCGAAGCUGCGGGAACCCCUUUAAACAGAUGACCUUUGAGGUUCUGGACUUAUCCGGCAACGGAUUCAACUUAAACUCAUCGCGUCAGUUCUUCAAAGCAAUAGAGGGGACGUCAGUUACUCAUCUCAAAUUCUCUGGACAUGUGGGCAAAGGCUUCUCACACGACAACCUCCCUGACCCAGAUGAAAGCACGUUCGAGGGCCUCGUCAACAGCACAGUUGACCAUUUGGAUCUGUCUAAUAGCUGGAUAUUUGCUCUGCAGAGGGCUGUUUUUAAUCCUCUCAAGGUGGUGAGAAUUAUUGACAUUUCCAAAAACAAACUCAAUCAGAUCAGAAGAAACGCCUUCCAUGGCCUUCAAGGACAUUUACGAAUGCUCAACCUGUCGUCCAACCUCCUCGGGGAAGUACGUUCGGAUACAUUCGCCAAUCUGACGGACCUGAGGGUGCUGGACUUGUCUUACAACCACAUCGGCGUUCUGGGAUACAAAGCGUUCAGUGGUCUUCCUUUAUUACGAGCUUUAUAUCUGACAGGAAACUCCCUCCGAGACCUGGGGUUUCCUGCUUCGCUGCCAAAUUUAGAUUUUCUUCUUCUGGCCGACAAUAAGUUGAAUUCGCUGUAUAGUAUCGCCGACUUGGCCGUGAACAGCAUCCAUGUCGAUGUCUCAGAAAACAGAUUAACAAACUUGGAGGAUGUUCUUGUCAUUGCAUCUCAUUUCAACCAUCUCCAGAACUUACUCUACGGCGGCAACUUCAUCAAGUGGUGCUCACCAAGCACUUCAGCACUCGAUAAUACUAGUUUGCGAGUGCUGGAUCUUCAUGACAGUUCCCUGCAGAUGAUUUGGAUGCAGGGAAUGUGCCUUGACCUGUUUGAUCAUCUAGAGAACCUGCUUAGUUUAAAUAUAGCCUUUAACUCACUCGCAAUUCUCCCAGAUGGAAUCUUCAGAGGUCUCAGGUCCAUCGAGGAGAUGGACCUUUCCUUUAACGCCUUGACCUAUCUGCAGCCGGACGUCUUUCCGGUCAGUCUGAAAAGACUGGGACUCGCCGGCAACUUCCUAGCCUCCCCGGACCCCACGACUUUUCAGUCUCUCACCUUCCUCAACCUUGUGUUAAAUCGGUUCCACUGCGACUGCCAUCUGGAGAGCUUCCUGCAGUGGCUAAAUGUGACAAAUACAACCUUCCUGAUCCACGUUCAGGAGUACAGAUGUGAGUUUCCAGCUGCUCUCCAUAACCUUCCUCUGCUGAACUACUCCACGAUCAUCGAGCCGUGUGAGGAAGACGACGAAAAGGACGUCCAAAACCUGAAGUUUGCCCUCUUCAUCUUCUCCACUCUCGUCGUGGUCAUGGUCAUUUUAAGUGGGAUCGUUUACGCUCAUCUCCGAGGGCGCAUAUUCAUCAUCUACAAGAGGAUCGUUGGUCGGGUUCUCGAAGGCCCGAAACCGAUUCCUCCCGUGGACAAUCUGCAGUAUGAUGCCUUCUUCUGUUUCAGCAACAGUGACUACAGGUGGGUGGAGGCGGCUCUGCUGAAGAGGCUGGAUAAUCAGUUUUCAGAGGAGAACCUCUUCCGCUGUUGUUUUGAGGCCAGAGACUUCAUGCCAGGCGUCGAUCAUAUUUCCAACAUCAGAGACGCCAUCUGGGGCAGCAGGAAGACGGUGUGCGUCGUCUCCAAGGAGUUCCUCGAAGACGGUUGGUGCUUGGAGGCGUUCAGUCUCGCCCAGUGCCGGAUGCUGGAGGAGCUGACAAAUGUCCUGAUUAUGUUGGUGGUAGGAAAGGUGCCUCACUACCAGCUGAUGAAGUACAACGCAGUCAGAACGUUCGUCCAGAGGAAGGAGUACGUCACCUGGCCGGAGGACCCGCAGGACCUCGAGUGGUUUUACGAGCGGCUCGUCUCACACAUACUCAAAGACACCAAAGUGAAAAAGUUCGCAGAGGACAAACCUGCAGAGCCGAACGUCCCGCCUGAGAACGAGGACGUCAUCGAGCUCGAGGACAUCGGAGAAAUUACAGCGUGUCCGCCUGUGUGAUGAAGAGAGACUGAACUGUUAGAUAUGUAUCUGUCGAGUGUUUGACCACAUUUGAGGAAUCAUUGAAAAACAUUUUGUAUGUUUUAUAUAUCGACGUUCUCACAUCUUUAAUCUCAAUAUUAGCAUCCGCCCCAGAAGCUGAGUGUCUGUGGGGCUCUGCAUGGAAGUUCUCCUUCUGCUUUUUUAUUUAAAGUUUUUGAUAAAUGUUCCGUCACAUCCUUCACAGUGACGUCUGCCACGACCUGCUGAUUCUUCUCUGCUGCUGACAGUCAUGAACAGUUGUGUAAUUUAAAUAUCUUUCACUGUGUUUUGGUGAUUUGUGAGUCAAAUACUUUGUUUUUCAUCACUGUGUUUGCAGCAGCAGUCCACGACCCAAUGACAUGUGCUCUACAAUCUGUUUUUAUUACUGAAAUUAAUAAAAUCUUAGUCUAAAAACUUGUCAGUCGGCUCUUCUCACUGUUCACCUGGAGAAGAUAUCACGUCUUUUCGACACUGAAGGUGUUACAUGAAGGCACCUGGACACAGGUGUGUUAACAGAAGUGUGUGUUCAACUGGCAAGUUUGUCAAUAUUUGAUCUGAUGAUCCCGACGUUACAUUUGUUCAAACAAGUUGGUAAAUUAUUUUCCAGAAUCUGAAAAUAAACAUUGUUUUUUUUUUUUUCCAAGUUGUUUGACGAACAGAGCAAAAACUAAAAGUUUGUGGCUUGUUUUGGUUCUGUUGCCACAAACACGGCUGAAAAUUGUCUUGAAGUCUUGUUAAAGUUGUUCUGAGUACUUGUUGUAUAAAUGCUGAUAAAAUCUAU